AUAAAAAUGCACGUCUCCUUCCUUUCCCGCCACCUCUCUUUUAUUUCCUUCCCUUUCUUCCUUUGCACAUUUUUUUCCAAAUUGAAUGUUGUGUUUGAGUUCAUAUCGUUUCACUCAAACCACUCUUCUUUACAAUUUCUCCCUUAAACCUUCUUCUUCAAUCUUUCUUCACUUCUCCAAGAAGAAGCAAUUCCCUCUCAAACCCCUUUUCUUCUCUGUAAACCCUAAUUCAAGAACCAUGUCUGAUUCUCCUCCUACUCCUCCUCCUCCUCGCUCUGCGUUUGCUGUCCUUAUGGCAAAUUCCAAGAAGAAAACAACCUCCUCACCCAAGAAACGUAAAACCCCAGAUGUUGAAACUUCAAGUAAAAGCCCUGUUGUUAAUCAAGAUUCAGUUUUGAUGCCAAUUAAGGACACCCAUUUGGUCAAUGAGUCGAAAAGUGAGGAGGUGGUGGUGAAGAAACGGAAUCAAGAUUCAAUUUUGAAGCCAAUUGAGGACACCCAUUUGGUUAAUGAGUCGAAAAGUGAGGAGUGUGUGGUGAAGAAACGGAAAAUGAUUAGUCCAGAUGAGAGCAUUGUGGAAAUAAAGAAAAAAGCUGCAAAUUUUGAUCCAAAAAAGGCUGUAUAUUGGGGGGAUGGGCAGAGAGUGCCGUUCAUGUUUGUAGUUAAGGCGUUUGAUGCAAUUUCGAAGGAGUCAGGGAGGAUUGUUAUUACUGAGAUUGUGACUAAUAUGUUGAGGACUGUGAUUGAGACGACGCCUGAGGAUUUGUUGCCUGUUGUGUACCUUGCUGCUAACAAGAUUGCAGCUGCACACGAUGGGAUGGAGCUUGGUAUUGGUGAUGCUUCCAUUAUCAAGGCACUUGCUGAAGCCUGUGGUGCUAAAGAAGCACAUAUCAAGAAGCAAUACAAGGAGCUUGGAGAUUUGGGCCUUGUUGCAAAAGCAAGUCGUUCAUCACAGCCUCUGAUGCAUAAACCAGAAGCACUGACUGUUGCCAAAGUUUUUGACACAUUUCGAAUCAUUGCCAAGGAAUCUGGAAAGGAUAGUCAGGAAAAGAAAAAGAAUUACAUUAAAUCACUGCUUGUUGCAGCCACUGAUUGUGAACCCCAAUAUUUGAUUCGUCUUCUCCAGACAAAGCUACGCAUUGGUUUGGCUGAACAAACACUGUUAGUCGCAAUCGCUCAUGCUUUUGUGUACUCAGAUAAGCAUUCAUCACCUCCUGCAGGUGUAGAUUCUCCUUUGGAAGAGGCCGCCAAGAUUGUAAAGCAAGUGUUCUCUGUGAUUCCAGUUUAUGAAAAAAUUGUCCCUGCUCUUCUAGCUGAUGGUGUUUGGAAGCUUUCAGAAACAUGUGGUUUCUCACCUGGUGUUCCGGUUGGACCUAUGCUAGCUAAGCCAACCAAAGGAGUAUCUGAAAUUCUUGAUAAGUUUCAGGAUAUGGAGUUCACAUGUGAAUACAAGUAUGAUGGUGAACGUGCUCAGAUACACUACAUGGAAGAUGGUUCUGUUGAGAUAUAUAGCCGAAAUGCAGAAAGAAAUACUGGAAAGUUUCCUGAUGUUGUUACUGCUAUCUCAAGAUUGAAGAAAUCUUCUGCAACUUCAUUUGUUCUUGACUGUGAACUGGUUGCAUACGACCGUGAGAAACAGAAGAUCCUGCCCUUUCAGGUCCUUACUACACGUGCUCGUAAAAAUGUUGUCAUUAGUGAAAUCAAGGUCAACGUGUGCAUAUAUGCUUUUGAUAUCUUGUAUCUUAAUGGACAGCCACUUCUUCAAGAGCAACUUAAUGUUCGCAGAGAGCAUCUUUACAAGUCAUUUGAAGAAGAACCUGGAUAUUUCCAGUUUGCUACAGCUGUAGCCUCAAACGAUCUUGAGGAAAUAACAAAAUUUCUUGAAGAUGCGGUCAACGGCAGUUGUGAGGGAUUGAUUAUCAAAACACUAACUAAAGAUGCUACAUAUGAGCCUUCAAAACGGUCAAAUAACUGGCUAAAACUGAAGAAGGAUUACAUGGAGAGUAUUGGCGACUCACUGGAUCUGGUACCAAUUGGUGCUUUUCAUGGUCGGGGGAAACGUACUGGUGUUUAUGGAGCCUUUCUCCUAGCUUGUUAUGAUAGCAACAACGAGGAGUUUCAGAGCAUCUGUAAAAUCGGAACUGGAUUUUCUGAAGUAGAGCUUGAGGAACGCUCUUCCAGCCUUCGUUCUAAAGUUAUUCCUAAACCAAAGUCAUAUUACAGGUAUGCUGAAACCAUCAAUCCAGAUGUAUGGUUUGAACCUACUGAGGUCUGGGAAGUGAAAGCUGCUGAUCUUACUAUCAGCCCUGUCCACCGUGCUGCCCAAGGUAUCGUGGAUCCCGAGAAGGGAAUUUCAUUACGAUUUCCCCGUCUGAGCCGUGUACGAGAAGACAAGAAGCCUGAGGAGGCCUCAUCAGCAGAUAUGGUAGCGGAUAUGUAUAACGCUCAGAAACACAAUCAAAAAAGCAAUCAGGAUGGCAAUGAUGAAGACUAAUCAAAGACCACUUGCACGUCUAAAAGUGAUCAGGAAGGCAAGGGAAUGAAGACGACUAAUCAAAGAUCGCUUUGUCUAAAAAUGAUCAGGAUGACGAUGAAGAAGACUACUCAAAGAUUGUGUCACGUCUAAAAAAAUGAUCAAACAUCGCGUUCACAUCUCUUAUCUGAAUGAAUGAUCAUGUCCAUUGUACAACAGACUACAGAUUGAUGUCCUUUGCAGAUGUAAGUUGCCUCAAACCAAUUUUGUGAAAGUUGAUCUAUUAGUCAAUGUGUCAACACUUGUUGUAUGUAUGAUUUGAUCAGUUUAAAAGAAAACUUUCAAGCGUUCCC